UCUCGUAACCUGAUUGGUUGAUUUUUGUUCUAGCACAGGAAGUGCAUGGGUGUGUUUCCGAGGGGCGGACGUAAGGCUACAGCGACGAACUUUGCAGAAGAAACCGACGGUGCUUGUACGUGCACAGGAUGGAGCUGCGGCCACUCAUCAUGUGUUUUGCUCUCUGCGUGGUUUACGCCACCAGCAAACCCACAGACAAGAAGGACCGUGUGCACCAUGAUGAACCUCUCAGCAGCCGAGAGCACGAUGAUACUGAGAACUUUGACUAUGACCAUGAAGCCUUUCUGGGACAGGAAGAGGCUAAGACUUUUGACCAGCUCACACCAGAAGAGAGCAAGGAGAGGCUCGGCAUGUUGGUUGAGCGUAUAGAUGAGGAUAAAGAUGGUUACGUGACUGUUGAGGAAAUGAAGAAGUGGAUCAAGCACGCACAGAAGAGGUGGAUCUAUGAUGAUGUGGAUCGACAGUGGAAGAGUCAUGACCUCAACGGGGAUAACGUGGUGUCAUGGGAGGAAUACAAGAAUGCCACUUAUGGAUACAUUCUGGAUGAUCCCGACCCUGAAGAUGGCUUCAGCUACAGGCAGAUGAUGGCUCGUGAUGAGAGGAGAUUCAAAAUGGCUGACCAGGACAAUGACAUGAAAGCUAACAAGGAGGAGUUUACAGCCUUCCUUCACCCUGAGGAGUAUGACCACAUGAAAGACAUCGUAGUGCUGGAAACUAUGGAAGACAUUGACAAGAAUGGAGAUGGCUUAAUUGACCUGGAUGAGUACAUAGGUGACAUGUACAACCAGGAGGGAGACACCUCAGAACCUGAGUGGGUGAAGACUGAGAGGGAGCAGUUUACUGAAUUCAGAGACAAAAAUAAGGACGGGAAGAUGGACAAGGAGGAGACCAGAGACUGGAUCCUGCCCAGUGACUAUGACCACGCUGAGGCUGAGGCCAAGCAUCUGGUCUAUGAGUCUGAUGCAGACAAAGAUGGCCGUCUCACCAAAGCCGAAAUUGUGGAUAAGUAUGACCUGUUCGUGGGCAGCCAGGCGACCGACUUCGGGGAGGCGCUGACUCGACACGAUGAGUUCUAAAAUCCACCUGCCUCCAAAGACUGUGUGCUCUUCUUGUGUGCCACCUUUUGGCCGUGGAGUGUUUUUUAAACAAGAUGAGCUUGCCUAAUCGAACGCCACAGACAAUAAUUUAUUUGAUUUCUUGAAUGUGUCCCAUUGCAUACACACACACUAACAUUCUAAGCAACUUGCACACCAUCGGCCAGUGUGAGCUCAUGUUAAGCAAUGCCUCAGAUUGGGAUAUAUAAUGCCGGCCUUUGCUCUGCUUCCAUACACUACCUUUUUUUUUU